ACACACGGCCGUGUGGUACAGUACGCUCACGACAGUGGCCAGUGAUGGGUGCGCGUUGGAAUUUAGCAUUGCUCGGGCUGGUGUUUGUCGCCGCCGGUUGUACCGUGCGGUCGCAGGAAGCUCAACCCGCCGACAAAGAGUGGUGGGAAACGGCCCUGUUCUACCAGAUCUAUCCCCGCUCCUUCUACGACACGAACGAUGACGGGGUGGGAGAUGUGCGAGGCGUUACGGCGAAGCUGCAGUACCUGAAGGACACGGGCAUCGAUGCGACGUGGCUGAGUCCGAUCUUUAGCUCGCCGCAGGAAGACUUUGGGUACGAUGUGUCGGAUUUCAAGCAGGUCGAUCCACUGUUUGGCACGAACGCCGAUCUGGAGCAACUGUUUGCGGAGGCGAACAAGCUGGGGCUGAAGAUAGUGCUGGAUUUUGUGCCGAACCAUACGAGCAACAAGCACCAGUGGUUCAUCGAUUCGGAGAAGGGAAUUGCACCGUACCGGGACUAUUACGUAUGGCGCCCGGCCAGGAUGGUGAAUGGGCAGCGAAUGCCACCGAACAAUUGGCAAUCGGUGUUUUACGGCUCGGCUUGGGAGUGGAGCGAGCUGCGCGGCGAGUACUAUCUGCACCAGUUCGCCAAAGGCCAGCCCGAUCUGAACUAUCGCAAUCCGGCCGUGGUCGCCGAGUUCGACGAUGUGCUGCGGUACUGGAUGGAGCGCGGUGCGGCUGGAUUCCGGGUCGACGCGAUCAACCACAUGUUCGAGCAUCCGGACUUUAUCGACGAGCCGAUCAACAAUCCGGAGGAUCCGAACAGCUACGGCUACACGCACCACAUCUACACGAAGGAUCUGCCGGAAACGUACGACGUGAUCGCGCACUGGCGCACCGUGCUCGAUGACUUUGCUCGCCAGAAGGGUAGUGAUGCUAUCAUCAUGAUGACGGAAGCGUACGCCAAUCUGACGAUGACGCUGCGCUUCUACGAAUCGGACGACGGUAAGCAGCAGCGCGCUCACUUCCCCUUCAACUUUGUGAUGAUCGAGGAGCUGGGUGAGAAUUCGAAUGCACGUGACUUUAAGCGGGUAAUUGAUCGUUGGCUGGGCAAUGUGCCGCGCGGUAAAACCACCAACUGGGUGCUGGGCAAUCACGAUAAGCCGCGCGUUGCUAGCCGGUACGGAGUGGAGCGCAUUGACGGUAUGCAGCUGAUGUUGCUGACACUGCCCGGUGUGGCGGUGACGUACAACGGGGACGAGAUUGGCAUGAUUGACCAUCGGGACAUUUCGUACGAGGAUACGCUCGAUCCGCAGGGAUGCAAUCUUGGCCCCGAAGGGUACCGGUGGGCAUCGCGUGAUCCACAGCGCGUCCCCUUCCAGUGGGACGAUACGUAUAAUGCGGGCUUUUCGCGCGCGCCACGUACCUGGCUGCCGGUGCAUCCUUACUAUAGGCAAACGAAUCUGCUGAAGCAGCAGGAAGCGGAGUACAGCCACUACAAGUUCUAUCUGGAUGCGGUUGCGAUGCGCAAGGAUCGGGUGUUUACGCACGGUGAGUUCAAGUCGCACGCGUUCGGUGAUGGUGUGUUUGCGUUCGUGCGGUACUUGAGAGAGAACGAGGAUCGCAUGGACGAUCCGUACCGGGUGGUGCUGAUCAACUUCUACGGCGAGCGCACCACGAUCGAUGUGAACGAUCUGUACGAAAUUCACAACCAAACGCAGGUGUACCUGGUCGGUACGGAAUCGCGCCACAAGGUGGGACAUUUGCUAACCGCAAAGGAAGUUACGCUGGGCCCGUGGGACUCGAUCGUGCUUGGGCCGGUGUCGAGUGGUGGACGGGCUGUGCUAGCGUUCGGAUUGCUCGUUCUUGCCGUAGUGAAAACGUUCCUUUUCUAGGCGCUGAUGUAGAUGUCGGUUUCGUCGUCGCUUCUAACGAGCAUAAUAAAUAUCCUUAAGAACCGAA